UGAACUUAAUUUAUUUUUAUUUUUAAUGACUUUUGAGUAGUUCUAGUGUUUCCUGAUUUAUUUUGUAUUUACCUUCCCUUGGAUGUUUGGUGCUGGCUUCAUUUCCCAGGCCCUGAUGAACACAUCACGCUGACUCAGGGUCACAGACAUUAUAGGAAAACAUUUCUGUGGAGGGAUUUUUAUGUGAUUAUAGUUGAUUUCGCUGUUAUGAGCUGAUCCUCCUGCUGUGACUUAAACAGAGCGAGCAGCAGCCUCAUAAGCAGAUUUACGCGGAUGGAUUUAGGCUUUGGUCUGUGAUUCGUCCUCUCUGCUAACUUGUUCCUGACGGAGCAGACCGAAGAGCCGGCUGGAAACUGACCCGCACAAUGACACUGGGGUUUUACAGCAGCUUGUCUGUGCAGUUGGUGUUAGAGACAAGAGAAACACGCUCGGAUCAGGCGAAUAACGCGCGAUCUGUUCCUGAGAACCGCGCGGAUUUGAGUCUGGAGCUCGGAGCGCACGGAGCUCUCAGCUGAUCCUCCUCAGGGGGAAACCAACACAAACUCCACCUGUGCCCUCCUGUUGACCUCGGAGCUGCAGGACUCGGCUCAUAGAUGAAACCUGCCCCGGAGAGAGGCGUCAGUGUGCGGCGAACAUGUCGGAGAUCUCCGCUGACGCACAGAACCGCAGCGUGCCUGCAGCUGCGCUCUCUCACAACUUCCCCGCGCUCAUAUUCGGGAUUUUACUGAUCGUGAUCGUCACCUGUGGGAACGUGCUGGUGUGUAUCAGCGUGUAUAUGGAGAAAGCUUUAAAAACCACCACAAACUACUUCAUCGUCAGUUUGGCGUUCGCAGACCUGCUGCUGGCGGUGCUCGUCCUGCCGCUGUUCGUUUACGCGGAGUUUCAGGGUGGAGUUUGGUCCUUGAACAUGCUGCUGUGUGACGGUCUGAUGACCAUGGAUGUGAUGCUGUGCACGGCCUCCAUAUUCAACCUCUGUGCAAUCAGCGUGGACAGGUUCAUCGCUGUGUCCAUCCCUCUAAACUACAACCGUAAACACGUAGACUACCGACAGAUCGUCCUGCUGUCGGCGACCUGGCUGCUGUCUCUCGCUGUGGCCUCGCCCGUCGUCUUCGGCAUCAACAACGUCCCCGACCGUGACCCCACAGAGUGCAAACUGGAGGACAACAACUACGUGGUUUACUCCUCCGUCUGCUCCUUCUUCAUCCCCUGCCCCAUCAUGCUCCUCCUCUACCUCGGGGUGUUGCGCGGCCUGCAGCGCUGGGAGGAGGCUCGGAAGCUCAAACUACGCAGCAGCAUCGAGGCCUGCAGGAAGCUGCAGCACGCAGCCAUCACAACCGUCUUCUCCCCGCUGACGGGCACCAUCCCCGGGCCGCUGCCGAUGCCUCUGCCCCGGAUCAUCGAGCGGGACCUGGCUCAGUGUCGGCUGGACGACACAGACGACUUCAUGCAGCAGGAGAUCCCGUAUCCCCGACAGUACAGAGAGAACUCUGUUCCCACGUUGACGCUGAGCGAACAGCUGACCCGGCAGAAGAGAGCCAAGAUCAACAACCGAGAGAGGAAGGCCAUGAGGGUGCUUCCUGUCGUCGUGGGUUGCUUCCUGUUCUGCUGGACGCCGUUCUUCGUGGUUCACACGACUCGAGCCGUGUGUCUGACCUGCGACAUCCCGCACGCCCUGAUGAGCACCGUCACCUGGCUCGGCUACGUCAACAGCGCCCUCAACCCCAUCAUCUACACCAUGUUCAACACCGAGUUCAGGAAGUUCUUCAAGAGAUGUUUCCGCAGCUGCUGUUGACGCCGGUUCUCCCCGAGCGAGGUGUGAGGUCUCCCUCAGCUCGUCUCUGAGCUGCAGAGCGACGUCCUGCAGACUGAAAGACAACGUGUUUAAAGACCCUCAGGCUGAUAAGGGCGGCAGACACUGUGGAUAUUUGAGGCUCCGUUUGGAGUGAACUGUGUGUCAGCGGGAGUUCCAGCGUCAGUCGUGCAGAACGAGUGAUUUAAACAGAACCUGCAGGAUCCGCUCAGAAUGAAAACCGUCUCAUGGAUGCAGAAAACUGACGGAGCUUGAACAGAGCGGAAAGUCGAGCAAGCUUCAGGAACAAACCGAUCUACAGAUCUACAGAUCUACAGAACAAACAAUCUUUCUGCUGGCAGUCAGACAUAAAGUGUGAUGAAUGAUCAAGUCUGUACGUAUGAAGCUACAGUAAGCAGCAAGUUAGCGUAGCUUAGCACAAUGACUUUGAACAGGUGGAAACAGCUAGCCUCGUUCUGUCCUGAGGUGAUG